AUGUUAUUUAAUAUUAUAUCAUUUAUAUUUGGGCAAUAUUUAUUUAUUUCACAAAAACCAAGAUAUGCUUCAGGUGGUUUAAGAAUGAGAAAUGAUAUUAUGAAUCAACCAUUAUAUUAUUCUCCUUCACCUAUGCCAUAUAUUAUGGGAAGAAAAAUUAAUAAUCCUUCAUAUGAUCAAAUAAAUUCUAAUAUUCAAAAUAAUAUGUCACCUGAUUUUCUUUUAUCUUCACAAAAUUCACAACAAUUGCUUCCAAUGGCAAAUGAUGGUUUUCAACAAAAUUUUUAUCAAAAUCCUAGUAGUCCUCAAUUUGAUUCAUCAUCCUAUGCAAAUAAUAUGUAUCUAUCAAAUAUGAUUUCAGAAGAAAAUCAAAAAAAUACACAAACAAAUAAUAUGUUAACUCAAAAUUCAAAUAACCCGAUGUUAAUAGAUAAAAAUGAAAAACUUGAUAUUAACUUUCCAAAAUUUCUUGAUAACGUUGAUCAAGAGGUAGUCAAUGAUUUUCUUAGAAUAAUAUCAUUAAAAAAUGAGACAUAUUCAAGAAAACAACAAAAAUUAGAUCAACUUGUAUCAACUCUUGAUGAAUCACAUCAAAAAUUGUAUAAAGAUUAUGUUUUAUCAAAGGAUUCUGAGGAAAAAAAUUAUAGAUCAAAAGUUGAUUCUCAAGUUGAAACAAUGAGUCCGGAAGCUCAACAGAAAUUUUCACAAAUUUCAUCAAUAUUAAUGAAUGUUCAAAUACCAGAUAAUAAUAAGUGGGAUCGUGUUAUGGAAAUAUAUAAUUCACUUUCUGAUCAAUUAAAACAAGAAUUUGAAAAAAAAUUUGAAGGAUUUAAAGUAUAA